UUACGUAACCAUUGAACAGAAUUUACGUCACCACGUCACUUACGUUCAGAUCCACAACAAACAUGUCGGACGAUCACACAGACGCAGAUCAGUCGAUGGAGGGACACACUCCUGUCUCUGAGAACCCUCACGCAGAGUACGGCCUGACGGAAAACAUCCAGCGGGCGGUGGAGAACGAGAAGGGUCCGGAGAAGAAGCAGAAGGUGGACCUGCAGGCGCUACCGACCAGAGCCUACCUGGACCAGACCGUGGUCCCCAUACUGCUGCAAGGCCUGAGCACGCUGGCCAAAGACAGACCUCCGAACCCCAUCGAGUACCUGGCAGCGUUCCUCCUGAAGAACAAGUCCCAGUUUGAGGAGAGGAACUGAGGACAGGAAGCAGACCCUCAGCUCGUUGAUGAUAGACCUUUGUUGUUUUUUUAUAUAUUAAUAAACAUGUUGAUGUGA